CAAAUAGGCUAGUCGCAUACCAAUAUCCGAGUUUAUCUAUAGUAGGAUGAAGUAGAUAAAUUGUGAAAAAGAAAAUUAAUUGAAAUAUGAGAAAAAUAUCAAAUUAUUAAAGAGUUGCUUUCUGCAAAUUUCUAGAUUGAAUCCUAGAAAGCAAAAAUAUGUCAGGUCUGUACAAUUCCAACUUCUCACCUGCAAGAGCUGCUUCUCCUCAAAUUAGAAGCACUCCAGAGGUUGAGAGUCAGUACUUAUCAGAGCUGUUGGCAGAGCAUCAAAAGCUUGGACCUUUCUUGCAAGUUCUUCCGAUAUGUAGCCGCCUGCUAAAUCAAGAGAUAUUUCGGGUCUCGGGGAUGAUGUCUAACCAAGGAUUUGGCGACUUUGACCGGUUGAGGCAUAGAAGCCCCAGUCCUAUGGCUUCUUCAAACCUUAUGUCAAAUGUCUAUGGGACAGGAUUAGGCAGCUGGAAUAGUCUUCCUCAAGAGAGACUAAGUGGACCUCCUGGAGUGACAAUGGACUGGCAAGGUGCUCCAGCAAGCCCAAGUUCAUACACUGUGAAGAGGAUUUUGCGUCUUGAAAUUCCUGUUGAUACAUAUCCAACAUUCAAUUUUGUUGGUCGACUUCUAGGCCCUAGAGGCAAUUCAUUAAAGCGGGUAGAAGCUACUACUGGCUGUCGUGUAUACAUUAGAGGCAAAGGAUCAAUAAAGGAUCCGGACAAGGAAGAGAAGCUGAGAGGUCGGCCUGGAUAUGAGCACCUGAAUGAUCCUCUCCACAUUUUGAUUGAGGCUGAUUUACCUGCUAAUGUUGUUGAUAUAAGGCUUAGACAGGCGCAGGAAAUCAUAGAAGAAUUACUCAAACCUGUGGAUGAGUCGCAAGAUUUUAUUAAGAGGCAGCAACUACGUGAACUGGCAAUGCUAAAUUCGAAUUUCAGAGAGGAGAGUCCUGGUCCAAGUGGUAGUGUUUCUCCUUUUAAUUCCAGUGGAAUGAAGCGCCCCAAAACAGGAUACUGAGAGUUUAACCAUAAAUCAUCUGAAAAUGAUCCAACGUGCUCCAGAAUUUCUUAGCCAAAGUAUACCUUCUGAAUUCUGAUACAGAUCAAUUCAGCACAGCUUGAAAAUAUUAGGUUAACAGUUUUUGCUGGUGAGCUUUUUCUGAUGGGCUUUUCAUUAUUAAUUUGUUUUGCUCUUCGGACUAAAGAGGAACAAAAAUGAACAAAGAAAAAGAAAUAUAUAGAUGGCUCUCAAGUUUAGGUUCUGUGAGGUCAGUUUUCCUGUAAACUCAAUACAUUCAUUGGAUUUAUUCUUGUGUUAGCAGAGUUUUGAGGAGUGUGGAAUAUAUAUAUGUUGCUAGUAUUAGGCCUUGGUGUGGUCGAUUUGAGUUUUGUAGGUGUGUCAUAGUUGUUGUUCCGUUGCUUGUCUCCUUUCCUUUCUUUUGUAGUUUAUAUGAAGAAGUAUAGCGUUAAGUUGGACCUACAA